UUGUUAGACGACGAAAUAUAUAACUCCCAACCGAUUUCCUUGCCGUCUUCUAGUACAACUGAUCCAGAACCACAUGAUAUAAAAAUAGACAGACCACCAAAGAGAACUGGUGAAAGCGGCGGCUUAAGAAGUAUUGAAGAAAUAGAUCCGAAAUAUAGGAAUGUAUUUUCAUACCAAUACUUCAAUCUCGUGCAGUCAAAAGUAAUUGAAGAUGCUUUGUAUUCAGACAAAUCAAUGGUUGUGUGCGCGCCUACCGGUUCCGGUAAGACGGUCGUUUUCGAAAUGGCUAUCGUUCAAUUGCUGAUGGAAAUGGACAGCAAUGCUUGUCAUGAAGAUUUCAAAAUUAUUUAUAUGGCACCAAUAAAAGCACUGUGCACUGAGAGACUGACUGAAUGGUAUCCGAAAUUUACAAAACUUAAUUUGCUAUGCAUCGAAGUGACGGGUGAUACUGAUGUGGACUUUUCACAAUUGAAACCCUACAGAAUUAUAAUAACAACGCCCGAGAAAUGGGACAUGCUGACUCGUAGAUGGAGGGACAACAGAGGAAUGGUGGAGGUCAUUAAAUUAUUUCUAAUUGACGAAGUGCACAUUCUGAACGAUAGUGUUCGAGGUCCUGUACUCGAGUCUGUGGUCAGCCGGAUGAAGACUAUUCAAUCGUCAGUUCAGUCAACGCAUCGCAUCGAACUACUUCAGAGGCAAAACCAAGGCGAUAUAAGCAUGUCUGAGCAAGAGACAGCAAUGCCUAAAAUUAGGUUCGUAGCGGUAUCCGCUACUAUCAGUAACCCUGAAGACGUUGCGGAAUGGCUUGGGACUAGUAACAAGCCAGCUAUAUAUCACAAAUUUGGCGAUGAAUGCCGUCCAGUGAUACUAAAGCGCAUUGUGGAAGGCUACCCCUGCCGCGAAGGCACCAGCAUAUUCAAAUUCGAUAUUAUUCUGAACUACAAACUGUGGCCCAUUAUACAGAAAUAUCACAAUGGGAAACCCACACUGAUAUUUUGCAACACGCGGAAAAGUGUAUUACUAACAGCGGAGACGCUCUCCAAGGAGAUCACAAUAAACUUCAGCCCAGAACAGAAGGCGAAACUUGUCGCUUUGGCUUCAGUCAUUAAAAAUAAGAAAGUACAGUCUCUCAUUUUAUGUGGCGUUGGCUGCCACCACGCUGGCUUACUGUUCGAGGAGAGAACGAAUAUAGAGCAAGCGUUCCGAUGUAGUGACCUUCCCAUAUUAAUAACUACAACCACUCUUGCUAUGGGUGUAAAUUUACCAGCGCAUCUUGUUAUAAUUAAAAACACUCAGCAAUAUGUGAACGGCGCUUAUCAGGAGUACAGCAUCAGCACGGUGCUGCAAAUGGUGGGUCGCGCUGGUCGGCCGCAGUUCGACACUGAAGCCACCGCCGUUAUAAUGACGAGACUCACUGAGAAAGCAAGAUAUCAAGCUCUUGUCGGUGGCUGCGAACCAUUGCAAAGCUACCUACACAAGCGUUUAGCAGAGAAUCUGAACAGUGAAGCAGCCCUAGGUACAGUGAACGACGUGGCACAGUGCGUGCAAUGGCUGCGCUCUACAUUUCUGUUUGUUCGAGCUGCUCGCGACCCCAGGAAAUACUUAGGCCUACCUCAAACUGCGCCUUCUCAUCUUAUAUCGAAGAAGAUUGAAGAACUCUGCGUAAAAGCAAUGAACGGCUUGGCAAGUUCGGGCUUAAUAACGAUGGAUGAAGCGAGUUGCAUUGAGUCGACAGAGGCUGGCCGGCUUAUGUCUAUAUAUUAUUUGGAUUUAGAAACUAUGAAACAUAUAAUGAAAAUAAAAGGCAACGAGUCGUUAGAACAGUUAUUAUGGAUAGUGUGCGAGAGUCACGAGCUAUCUGAUAUGCACCUACGUGUAGACGAACGCAGAUGUCUUAACGCACUCAAUAGAAAUAACACCGGUGCAACUAUACGGUUUCCCCUGAAGGGCAAAAUAAAUACAAGACAAAUGAAACUCAACUGCUUAAUUCAGGCUGUCCUUGGUUGCCUUCCCAUCCUGGAGCCUUCGUUAAAUCAAGAAGCUAUGAAGAUAAUGAGAAUCGCUGAUCGCAUCUGCAAAUGUUUAGUGGCUUACGUGACACGACCGAACGUUUUAAGGGAGUGUGCACAACAUUAUCAGGCUGUGUUAAAUUCUAUUGUAUUAAAUAAAUGCAUUGAAAGUCACCUUUGGGAAAAUUCUAUAUACGUGAGCAAGCAACUGAAAGGUAUCGGACCUACGUUUAGUGGUUUACUUGCAACUGCCGGUAAAUUCAACUUCAUGUUAUUAGAAGAAAGUCAUCCUAGAGAUUUGGAAAGGAUAAUGAACAAAGGCCCACCAGCAGGUAAUAUCCUACGUAAACAAAUUAGUUUGUUGCCGAAAUAUCAGCUUACAAUGACACCCGUUAAUGAAAACAGCGUGAAGAUACAGUUGACAUUAUUAAACCAGAUGCAUCUACUGGAAAAUAUAGAACAUUUAACGGCUGGAGCCAACCACAAGAGUUAUAUUAUUAUUGGUGAUACUGAGAACUAUCUCUUGUUAUUUACAUCUUUUAAAGACAAAGAUUUGAUAAGCGUUUAUGAUGGGCAAAUCACAUACGAAAUAAUGAGGAGACAUCACUUUGGACAUAAGAUUAUUGCACAAUGCAUUAGCUCAAAUUUUGCGGGAAUUGACGUUCAGUGUGAAUAUGUAUUUAACGACUUACAUACAUUGUCUGCAAGAAAUAAUAAUACAGUUUCUCAACUAGGCACACCAACGAAGGCAAAACAUGUCAAACAAGCUGCCAUUACUGAUACUUUUAAAAUACGUAAACGAAAAACCUCUGAUAUUGGUGAAACACGUUCCAUGGAAAAAAGAAAACGUAACUAUCCUAUUAUAGAAAAAAUGCAAUCUUUUAAACAACCCAUGGAUAAAGAAGCUAAACAAAUAUCUCCAGAUUUAAAUAUUAUGCAUUAUAAAAAUUCUAUAUUUGAUGUAACAGAAAACAACGAGUUAAGGGAACUAGGGAAGAUAGAUGAAACAAACAUAAAAGAUAUUGUGCUACAAGAAAGUCAUCAAAAUAACGGGGAAAUCGUUGUAGAAAAUAUUGAAGAUGAUGAACAAAUAAAUAGUAUUUUAAACGAAAUAGAAAAAGAAAUACAUGGAAAUGAUUUGUUAAGCAAAAAAUCCCAACCAAAAUUAAACAACUUAAUUAAAUUGAACACCAUCGAAAGGGCAAAUAAUGCUGGUAAUAUUAAAGUCAAACCUUAUAAUGAAAUAAGAAACAAAAUUAUUAAAAAGGAAAAAUCUAAUUUUAAUGUUAUUGAUAUCAUAGAAAAGAAAGCAAACAAUAACAAUAGUGAUGAAAUAACUAUGUGCAAUUCUAAAAAUACGUUUAUAGAUACCGUCAAAAACCAUAUUGAUGAUUUUUUAGAAAAAAUCAAACAAAACGAUAGAAUCAAAGAAAAAAAUAUUAUGCAUUUGUUAGAAAUAAAACACAACGAUAGCAUAACUCAGGAUACAUCAAGUUUAAUUAUAAGCAAUAGUAACAUGUUAAGUAAAAUUAAAGUUGUUGAUGAGGUAACUAAACUUCAAGGCAAAACUGCAAUAGAAAGUCUAGACCUAGAACCUACAGUACCACAAAAAGUACUGGAAUAUAAGAAAAGUAAUGAUAACAAAUUGGAAUCUAUUGAGAAAAUAAACAGCGAUAACAUCAAACAAAACGAUAAAGCUAAAUUAAAAAAUAUAAUACAUUUGUCAGAAAUAAAACACAAGGAUAACAUAACUCAGAAUACAUCAAAUUCAAUUUUAAGCACUAAUAACAUGUUAUCAAGUCCUGAGAAAACAAAAAUGGUAAAUGAUAUUGUAAUCUCAUGUAUUGAUGAUGUGUUAUGUAAAAUUAAAGUUGUUAAUGAAAUAACAAAACCUCAAAGCAAAACUGCUAUUGAACGUAAUGACCAAGAAACUACAGUUCCACAAAAAGCACAGAAAUUUAAGAAAGGUAAUGAUAACGAAUGUGAUGCUAUUGAAAAAGUAAACAGCGACAUCUUAAUGCCCUCGAAUACACAUCAAGGUUUAUUUACUAACAGUAUGAAGCAAAAUUACAAUCUAGAACCGAUAUCCGAUUUUAAGACAAGUUUAAUGAGAUUUCCUUGCAUUUCAAACAAUAAUGUAAAAUCAAACAUAAAUGAAAGGAUCUAUAGAGCAAAUAUUCCGCUAACAAAUACGUGUUUUAAUUCAAAAUCUUUAUUACCAAAUUUAACUACAAAUAGCACUAUUAAAGAAAGCGAUACAUUGAACAAAAUUGAUAACCGACAAAAUAGUAAAGAAACGAAACUGUGGUCACAAGUAUGUGAUGUUGAUAUUAUCCCAGUAGCAAAUACUAACCAUAAUAUUACCCAACCUUAUAUUAAUAAAUGUGUAGACAGUAGAAAGACAGAAAAAUCAGAUUAUUCCAAAAAAAUUUCCUUUACGAAAACUCAUCUUAACUUUUACUCUAAAAGUACUCCUGAAUUUAAUUACUUUUUCAUUAGCAAACUGAACAUAGAUUUGAACAUAAUUGAAACUAGAUAUGGGAAAAAUGAAAAUAGUGUCAAUAUCCUUAAAAAUGAACACCAGGAAGUGAUUCAACAUAAAAAUAAUCCGAAUUUAGAGUCUAGACCUAAUUGCGAAAGUUAUUUUAAUGAAGUUGCUCGCUCAAAAGAAUCCACGACAUACAAUAUUCAUAAUGACAAUCAAAAUGAACUAAAUUACCCGAUUAUAGAGCCGCUUAAGACAAAUUACGAUACUUCAUUGAAAAUGCUUCCCCCUUCAGAAGAAUCCACGGCGUAUAAAAUACAAAAUAACAAUUAUGAAGAGCAACAAACAGAUUUACAACUACCUAAUGACUCAUUGUUCCUAAAUAAACCUAUUGAAUUCUUGAAAACGUAUUCUUUACAAGAUUCAACUACUUCUAAACACAAUAAUCCCACUGUAAAAGACAUUAUUAAUAAAUACAAAGAUAUUAUAUCAAGUAAAUUCAACGCGAAUAGACAACUAGAGCAUCAAAAACCAUGUUCAGCUACUGGCAAUAAAGGAAUACCUCAGAAUAAAAAAGUAAAGAGACCGUACAAAAUAACAGACUUGCCAUCUCUACUACAAUCAAACAAUCAAAUUAACAAUAGCCAAACAAUUUCACAACCUACGUAUCGUGUUUGUGAAGCAAGAAAAUCUGAUAGUAAGACAGAACAAAAUAAAGAAGCAAAGCAAUACAAGGAAAAUCACAUUAAAGUAACAAUGGAUACCGAAGUUGAUGAAUACAAAGAAAUAUUCGAUAUAAAGACACCUGACCAGUUGUCACCUAUAGCUGACAUUGAAGGUCUUAAAUUUGAGCAAACAGAUUUGUUAAAUGACGAUUUUGAUAUAAGUCAAACAAUGUUCGAUCCAAAAGCUCUUUUAGAAUGUCUCAAAGAAGACGAAAUUAUUCCUCCACCCUCACCAUUCCGCGAUGAAGAGAAAAUUAGCUCUCCUAAUCAAAACGCUGAAAUUUUAAAUGAUGUUUAUACACCGCCUGAUCAAUAUUACAUUUCUAGGCAGCACCUUUCACAAAAUAAUACACUGAAUCUGGACAGUAACGAUUUUGCAGAAAACAAAGACAUGCUACUAACUCCUAAUAAAGAAAUAGAAACAUGGACAUUGUCAAAAGAUGAUGCAUUGUAUACCAAUCCUUUUAAAUCUUUCACCAUGAUACGAAACAAUAAUGCAGUAAACUUUGAUCCGCGUGUACUUCCUACAAGAAAAGCGAAGUUGAAUGAAUUCAAAUUCACGCGUAAAAAUGUUUUUAAAUGUCGGAAAUAA